UCACGUUGAUGACAUCGAAGUAGUACGAUCUUAAAGAUUUAAACUCGCAAUGGAUAAAUACAUCAGUGUGAAGGAGUUGGAAGAUGCUGCUUUAGAAGCGUUGCCAAGGGCAGUGCGAGACUAUUACAAGAGCGGUGCAACUGAGGAAUACUCUUUAGCGGAAAAUCGACGAGCAUUUCAAAGACUAAGAAUUAGACCAAAAUGCUUGGUCGGUUUGAAAAACUGCGAUCUAUCUACUACAGUGCUAGGCGAAAAAGUGACAAUGCCGUUGGGCAUAUCGCCCACCGCUAUGCAAAGAAUGGCCCAUCCUGAUGGGGAGACUGCCAACGUUAAAGCGGCAGAAGCUCAAGGCGUCAUUUACACCCUAAGCACAAUUGCUACCAGUUCUAUAGAAGAAGUAGCAGAUGCAGCACCGAAUGCUGUUAAAUGGUUUCAACUUUACAUUUAUAAUGAUAGAGAGGUUACGAGAAAAUUAGUAAUGAGGGCUGAACAAGCUGGAUUCAAAGCGCUUGCUUUGACCGUUGAUACACCUUUGUUUGGCAUAAGAAGAGCAGACAUACGUAACAAGUUUACCCUACCCUCACAUUUGAGAUUGGCUAAUUUUGAUGGUCACAUGUCUACGAAAAUACACAACGCAGGAAACGGCAGUGGCUUAAGCCAUUAUGUUGAAGGUUUAUUUGACAAAACAUUGUCUUGGGAUGAUAUUAAAUGGUUAAAGAGCAUUACUAAGCUUCCAAUUGUGGCGAAAGGAAUUUUACGAGGUGAUGACGCAGUGAAAGCUGUGGAGGCUGGUUGUUCCGGCAUUCUUGUCUCGAAUCAUGGCGCAAGGCAACUAGACGGUGUCCCCUCUACGAUCGAAGUCCUUCCCGAAAUAGUGGACGCUGUUAAAGAUUAUAAUGUCGAGGUGUACUUGGACGGAGGUGUGACUACGGGCACGGAUGUUUACAAGGCUUUGGUCUUAGGAGCAAAAAUGGUAUUCGUUGGCCGCCCAGCUUUAUGGGGCUUAGCCGUGGGUGGUCAAGAUGGUGUACAACGAAUGCUGAGCAUAUUCCGUAACGAGUUGGAAUAUACAUUCCAAAUAGCGGGUACUCCGACCGUUGCUGAUAUAACUACAGAUAUGGUGCGUCAUGAAUCUGCUUACAGUAGGUUGUAGUUGUUGUAGCUGUAGAAUGGGCACGUAAAUUAUGUCCAAGUUGCAAAUAAUAAUGAAACCCAGUUUAAGUUUUUUUUAAUUUGUAUUUAUUGUUUGAUUAUAAGUUUUCGGUACAAAGUAUAAAGAACAUUUGGUGUCAUGUAUGUUUCCCGUGGCCACAUAGUUCUUGAUAUUUUCUGAAACAAUCAACUAAUGAGUAUAUGUUAUAAGUAAUACAUAAGAUGGUUCGAACAAAUAUAAUAUU